AUGAUUGAAAUCAAUCAAGAUCAAGCUAACCAGCAUGAUAGUGGUGUGGGUGUAGCAAUUAAUAAAAAAAUAUGCAUAUUUGAACGUAAUAAUUAUGUUGGAGGACGAACUUAUGAUCGUGAUUAUGAUGAAAAUUCACCGGAAGCUUAUGUGAAUACUUCAAUUUCUUCUCAAGGUGCACAACGAUUUUAUCUAGAUCAAGCUGUUAUUAAACAAUUAGCAGAUGAAUUAAAUAUUUUCUAUUAUUCAUAUGAUUAUCGAAGAGGUCUUAUUAAAGCACGUAGAAUAUUCUAUACUUCAAUAAAUCAAAUGUGUUCUAGAUCCUACAUAAACUUAACAUGUACUGAUGACUCUAAUGGAUUGAAUUCUGUCGAUCAAUUAUGGAAUAAAUUAAUGGAAGAAUAUCAUAGAAAUACAUCGAGUUUAUAUAAUUUUGCUGAUUUCAAUGCAUUCUGUCGUUUUGUUCAUGGUGAUGAAGCAACUGAAUUUCUACGAGAUUCAAGUAGAUUUCGUGCUGAUUUUGAGAAUGUGAAUGCCUAUGCAUAUAUGGAAUAAACCUGGUCGGCACUUAUUGCAAGAUCAUCACAAGAGAAUUUAGUACAAGAAAUUUUAAGAGGAUUGCGCUCAAUAUUUAUUGAUGUUCAAAUACCACGACCAACGAAAGUAUUUACUCAAAUAUGGUCGGGCGCUUGGCAUUUUCAAAAAGCAAGCAGUAUUGUUAGUAAUAAACAAAUUAUUAGUUGGGCAUUGUAUCCAUUACAACGAUUUACUAAACAUCAGUUUACUUUAGUUGGCGAAGCAUUUCAUUUAGAUCGUGCCGGUUGGACUGAAGCUGCUAUUAAAUCAUCAUUAAUAUCUCUAAGAUCACAAUUUGAUUUGAAAUUCAAAUGUUACGAAAAUGAUGUUCCUUCGGGUGGAAGAUUUUGUAGUUUGGAUUUUGUUUAA